AUGACAGUAGCCUGCCCGGCUUCACUUGCGGGUGACAAGCAGUCAUAUGGAAACAAGAGUGACAAGGUAUACGAUGACUGGGAUGGAGUUGAAGAGCUUUUGAGCCUACCCGAUCAUGCUUUCCACCGAAAUGUGGACAAGCUUGUCUUGGAUGCUGCCGCGAAGCAUGCAGACGUACUCAAGCUUGCUUUGAUCUGUCCUCCAACCAUUUACGGACGUGGGCGAGGCCCAUGCUCGCAACGAGGUCGGCAAGUCUAUGAACUCGCGAAAGUGACACUGCAGCUAAAGAAGGGACCAAUUAUCGGUGCUGGUCAGGCAAUCUGGAACAACAUCCACAUCCACGAUUUGAGUGAUGUCUAUGCAUUGCUCGUAAAUGCUGCAGUCGCCGGCCGAAAUGACGAUGGGAUCUGGGGUCCGAAGGCCUAUUACCUUACUGAGAAUGGGCAGCAUUGCUGGGGAGAUCUAGCUAAGUCUACUGCGGAGGUUGCUGCCAAGCUAGAGUUCAUCCCAGAAGCGAAGGCUGAACCUAUCGAUUUGGAGAACGCAAAGCAGUAUGCGGGGUUUGAGUCGCUCAGUUGGGGAAUGAAUUCUCGUGGGCGGGCACUGCGAGCCCGUAAUCUUCUUGGAUGGAAUCCGUCAUCUCCCAGUCUGCUAGAUGAAUUACCCCAGAUCGUUAAGAGUGAGUGGAAGCGACUACAAGAGUAG